ACCACAAGUUGGGUAGCCUGGCAGAGUCAGAAGUCUGAGCCCGGCAUAGUGGUCAGCAGGCGGGACGAAUCACACUGAAUGCAAACCACAGGGUUUCGUAGAGUGGUAAAUCAUUGAAUCCCCCGCCUUCAGAAGAGGGUGCAUUUUCAGAAGGAAGCAAUGGCUUCAGACAGCAUAUUUGAGUCAUUUCCUUCAUACCCACAGUGCUUCAUGAGAGAUGCCAGCACGAGCCGCCGCUUCACGCCGCCUUCCACCGCGCUGAGCCCGGGCAAGAUGAGCGAGGCGGUGCCCGGCGACCGCAGCAUGGUGGAAGUGCUGGCCGACCACCCCGGCGAGCUGGUGCGCACCGACAGCCCCAACUUCCUCUGCUCUGUGCUCCCCACGCACUGGCGCUGCAACAAGACCCUGCCCAUCGCUUUCAAGGUGGUGGCUCUGGGGGAAGUUCCGGAUGGUACCCUGGUCACGGUGAUGGCCGGCAAUGAUGAAAACUACUCAGCCGAGCUCAGAAAUGCUACUGCGGCCAUGAAGAACCAAGUCGCAAGAUUCAAUGACCUCAGGUUUGUCGGUCGGAGUGGGAGAGGCAAAAGCUUCACUCUGACCAUCACCGUCUUCACAAACCCUCCUCAAGUUGCUACCUACCACAGAGCCAUCAAAAUCACAGUGGAUGGACCCCGAGAACCCCGGAGACAUCGUCAGAAACUAGAUGAUCAGACCAAGCCUGGGAGCUUGUCCUUUUCCGAGCGGCUCAGUGAACUGGAGCAGCUGCGGCGCACGGCCAUGAGGGUCAGCCCGCACCACCCAGCCCCCACGCCCAACCCUCGCGUGAACCACUCCACUGCCUUUAACCCUCAGCCUCAGAGCCAGAUGCAGGAUACAAGGCAGAUCCAGCCAUCCCCACCGUGGUCCUAUGAUCAGUCCUACCAGUACCUGGGCUCCAUCACCACCCCUUCCGUGCACCCCGCAACGCCCAUUUCUCCGGGACGUGCCAGCGGCAUGACAAGCCUCUCUGCAGAAAUUUCCAGUCGGCUCUCAACGGCUCCUGACCUGACAGCCUUCGGUGACCCACGCCAGUUCCCUGCGCUGCCCUCCAUCUCCGAUCCUCGCAUGCACUAUCCCGGCGCCUUCACUUACUCCCCAACACCGGUCACGUCGGGCAUCGGCAUCGGCAUGUCAGCGAUGAGCUCAGCCUCCCGCUACCACACUUACCUGCCACCACCCUACCCCGGCUCGUCGCAGGCGCAGGGUGGCCCCUUCCAGGCCAGCUCCCCCUCCUACCACCUGUACUACGGGGCCUCGGCCGGCUCCUACCAGUUCUCCAUGGUGGGCGGCGAGCGGUCGCCACCACGCAUCCUGCCACCCUGCACCAAUGCAUCCACGGGCUCGGCGCUGCUCAACCCCAGCCUCCCAAACCAGAGCGACGUGGUGGAGGCUGAGGGCAGCCACAGCAACUCGCCCACCAACAUGGCACCCGCCGCGCGCCUUGAGGAGGCCGUGUGGCGGCCCUACUGAGCGUGGCGAGGCGAGCCCUGGACCUUGUCAUCCGAGCCCGGCACCGGCUGGGCCAGCGCCUGUUCCCGGGUCACGCCGGCCUCUGCCUCCUGCGCUUCUGAAGCCACGCAGUUCACUCCGCCGUCGCCCGGGCCCAUCAGUCUCUCCAGGGGUGUCCUCAGGAACACCGCUUUGUGGGCACGUUGAAAGACAAACAGGAAGAUUCCCAGAGGGAAACUGUGAAUGCUUCUGAUUUAGCAAUGCUGUGAAUAAAAGAAAGAUUUUAUACCCUUGACAACUUUUUAACCAAGUUGUUUAUUCCAGAGAGUGGAAUUUUAGGGUUUCUUUGG